AUGUCAGAUGGCCAGGCUACUGGAAAAACAAAGAUCACUCAUCAUGAGUUUUUCUUCCCAGGCCUCUUCCUAGUACUGAGGACAUUGGCACAAGCAGGUGGUCAUGACAAGCCUUCACUCUCUGCCUGGCCAAGCCAUGUUGUUCCUCAGGGACAUAGUGUGGAAUUUGAAUGUUACUAUCAUAAUGACUAUUACAUAUUCAAGUUGUACAAAGAACAUGGUAAUCCUAUUCCUCAGAUCCAUGGAAGAAUAUUUCAGAGGAAACUUGUCUUGGGUCCUGUGACACCAGCAUAUGCAGGAACAUACAGAUGCUAUGGUUUUAAUUAUCAAUCCCCUGAUGAAACUUCAGCACACAGUGACCCUCUGAAGAUCAUAAUUUCAGGAAUCUACAGGAAGCCUUUCUUCUUGGCCUUACAAUAUCCCCUGGUGAAUUUAGGAGAGAAGGUGACACUGGAAUGUCAUUCAGAGAUUAUGUUUGAAUCUUUCACUUUGACUUCUCACACAAAAGGAAUAAUCAAGGACUCUUUGCAGCUUUCUGCUGAAAAUCAUCUUGGGAGGUCCCAGGCCAACUUCAAAAUAGGUCCUGUGACACCUGAUGAUGCUGGGACGUACACAUGCUAUGGUUCUUACAAUCACUCCCCAUAUGAGUGGUCUGAGUCCAGUGACCCCAUUGACAUAAAGAUCACAGGUUUAUACAAGAAACCUUCUCUGUCAGCCCUGAUGAGCCCUGUGGUGAUGUCAGGAGAGAAUGUGACCUUGUCCUGCAUCUCUGACCAUCAGUUUGACAUGUUCCAUCUGUCCAGAGAAGGGAUGUCUCAGGGACAUGGGCUGCCUACAGUGAAGAGCCACAAUGGGACAUUCCAGGCCAACUUCCUUCUUGGUCCUGUAAUUCAGACAGGGAACUAUAGAUGCUAUGGCUCUUUCAGUAACUCUUCCCAUGUGUGGUCAUCCCCAAGUGACCCAUGGUACUUUCCUGUCACAGGAUAUCAUGACAAGCCUUCACUCUCUGCCUGGCCAAGCCAUAUUGUUCCUUUGGGACAGCGUGUGGAACUUCAAUGUGACUCUCAUAGAAACUAUUAUGCAUUCAAGUUGUACAAAGGACAUGACAAUCCUAUCCCUCAGAUCCAGGGAAGACCAUUCCAGAAGAAAUUUGUCUUGGAUCCUAUGACAUCAACACAUGCAGGGACAUACAGAUGCCAAGGUUUUAAUUAUCAUUACCUUUUUAAAAAUUCAGCCAACAGUGACCCUGUGAAGAUCAUAAUUUCAGGAAUCUACAAGAAGCCUUUCCUUUUCACCUUACAAACUCCCCUGGUGGAUUUAGGAGAGAAGGUGACAAUGGAGUGUCGUUCAGAGAUUAUGUUUGAAACCUUCAUUUUGACAUCACAUAAAAAUGGAACAAUCAAGGACUCUUUCGAAUUUUCUGCAGAACAUCAUCUUGGGGGUUCCCAGGCCAAAUUCUCAACAGGUCCUGUGACACCUGACCAUGCUGGAACUUACAAAUGCUACGGUUUUUACAAUCACUCACCAUAUGAGUGGUCAGACUCUAGUGACCCCAUUGAUAUAAAGAUCACAGGUUUAUACAAGAAACCUUCUCUGUCAGCCAUAAUGGGCCUUGUGGUGAUGUCAGGAGAGAAUGUGACCUUGUCCUGUGUCUCUGACCUUCAGUUUGACAUGUUCCAUCUGUCCAGGGAAGGGGUACCCAAGGGACCCGGGCUGCCUUCAGUGAAAAGCCACAAUGGAACAUUCCAGGCCAACUUCCAUCUUGGUCCUGUGGUCCAGGCAGGGAACUAUAGAUGUUAUGGCUCUUUUAGGAACUCUUCCCAUGUGUGGUCCACUCCAAGUGAUGCCUUGUACCUUCCUGUCACAGGAAACUGCACUUCUUGCACAGAACCAGACUCCACAACCAAUACCCACAGGAACCUGCAUAUGCUGAUUGGACUGUCAGUGACUAUGAUCCUUGUCUUCCUCAUCAUCCUCCUUUUUUCUUUUUGCUCUGGCAAAAAGCAUAAGUCUCAGGAACAAGCCAGUGAAUGUCAUCUGAGUAGUGACCCUGAAAGAGAAGAAGUGCAGGAGGUGACAUACUUAAAAUUUGAUCAGAUGAUCUUCAAACAAAAAUUAACCACUCCCAAUUCCCGGAUUCCCAAGGAAUUUUCCACAGAUCCCAGUUUGUACAUGGAAGUCAGGAAAUGUUAA